GUGUGUGUGUGUGUGUGUGUGUGUGUGUGUGUGUGUGUGUGUGUGUGUGUGUGUGGUGUGCAUGUGUGUAAUUAAGUUUUUCUUACCAAUUAUUUAUCAUGCCACACCUGCUAAACUAAUGAUCUCAACUACAUAUAACAAGAGAACCUGGGGAUGGGGAGGGAAGGGAGGAGAGGGAGAAAAGAGCAAGGGAGACUGAUGACAGGGGCAGGGGGAGACAGAAAUUAAAUAGACUCAGAAGGGCUGGGGUUGGUGGGGUGGGGAAUGGCUAGUGGGAGGGGAGGCAAGGAGGGUCUGCAAAAGGUGUUCAUCAAAAGUCCAUCACAAAUCUAGUGGCAGUUUAGCUCUACACUCUACUGCUGCUACACACUUGCUCAGGUUGGAGUGUGUGGUGCUUUAGGUGACCAGUUUUGGAAAAGAAUGCAUAUCACAGCCAUACUUGCAGAUUAUUUGAAACUAUAAAGUGAGGAGGCCUGACAGGAGCUACUGAUGUGCCAAGAUGGAUCCCUUCACAGUGGGCAUCUUAGUGACUUGUGGACUCAUUCUCAUCAAUGUAGCUGUGGCAGUGGUAGUUGAGCGAUCUCAUCACAAGGUCCUCAGUGUUGAUGAUCAAGUGAAACCACAAAGCUCCAAAAAUGCUUCCACCAGUAAGGAUGAUCCAGAUAACCCAACCAGGAGACUCAUCAGGCCACAGGACCCAAAAUAUAAUUACACCAAUCUCCAGGGGUCCAUAAGCACCAUACUGAAUACAAUGAAAGGUUAUGAAAAUUUAUCACACACCACAGAAAGGCAUGACAGUGACAAUGAAAUUAAUCAACAAAAUAUCAAUAACAGUGAUGACAUACCACUCAUCAAUAAAAGUGUUACUGACUCACAAAAUGUUAGUGAGAGUGAUAUCAAUUCCUCACAGACUAUGGAGGAAGAUACUAACCUGCCACAAACUGCUGAAAGUGAUACCAAUUCUAAACACACAUCUCUAAGUGAUAUCAGUCUAAUAAAAACCAAUGAGAUUCUUACACACACUAAUGAAAGUAACACCAGUUCUCCAUGCACCAUUGAAAGUGACACUAGUUCUCAGCACAUCAAAGGAAAUUCCACCAGUCUUACACCAAACAUAAAAAAGGAUACCAAUACUACACAAAUACUUGAAAGUGACACCAGUUCUCAACAUAAUAGUGAAAGUGACAUCAAUCCUGCACUAAACAUUAAAAGUAAUGCCAAUACUACACCAAUCACUGAAAGUUAUAUCAAUCCCACACAAGACAUUAAAACUUGUCCCAGCCCUAAACAAACCCCAGAGGGUGAUACCACCUCACCAGACACUAUUGUGGGUGACAUCACACCAAACAUUAGUGAAGAUGACACCAUCUCAUCAAGCACCACUGAGUAACCACAAGUCCACCAAGCACUACUGGAAGUGACAUCUCAUUUGAUAUCACUGAGAGUGAGUGCAAUCAGGCCAUCAAACAUCACCAAGACUAGAGAUCAGCCUGCCACAUGUAGGGCUAAUUGUUUCUUGCAGCUAUUCUUAUUUUCUUGCCCUUAUAUAGGUACCAUAUGUUAAUCUGCUACGUGAUAUCAGCCUAAAAUCUUCAUCAUCCUACAUCACUUCAUUGCAGUACACAGAUAUUCCUUAGAUGGGAGUUUUUUAUUGAGCUGUGCCCCUCUUACAUUAAAAAAAAAUACUACAAAAGAAGACAAGUCAGAAACUCAUCAUAAGAAUAUAAAAUGAGAAGGAUGCAAAAGGCCAGUUGACCUACACCUGCCUAUUAUUUAUGUUAUGUUAAGGCAGAAUUUGAUUCUUUUGACUUUGAUUAGAUCGACCAAACUGCUUGGUCUGUAGUUAACAUAUUAAAGUAAUAAAAUUAUUCCAACAUG